GUAAUGUCAGCCACUUUGCAUAGAUAUACCGGUACUCAAUCUGCAUUCUUGCCACAAGUAUGGACAGCAUGCUCUAUAAAAGGCAGCAUCUCGCCUCUAAGACUCAACGAGCAACACAGCAACUCACUGGAAUAAGAAGCCUCAACACCCCCAGACAAUACAGGAAACAUGCUCAUUUACUCCGGCAAAUUCAGCUACUCCCCCUACGCCACAAACGAACUGUUCUCGGUCGUCUUCCGCGACAAUGUCCAGACCGGGGACCGUGUGGCCGUCAUCCUUCAAUGGUCCAAGGACGCAGGCGGGCAAGUGAAGUCCAAUUCGAAUCACCACGGCACGGUCAGCAAGGUGUCUACCAAUGGUUCCGGGGAGAAGGAGAUCGAGAUUUUCCAGAACGAGAAGGACAGCACCUACUAUUGGUGGGGAUUCCUGUGCAUCAAACCCCAGAUUAUUGCUGAUGAGUUAUCGAUUUCACUUCAGGUAUAAGGGAAAAGUGUCCGGGGAGACCAUGACCUUGAGUAUGUGGAAUAAAGGGGGAGAGGAGGUUACGAAGAAUAUCAAGCUGCAGCUUGUUUUCUUCUGAUGGAAGCACUUGGCUCAAAUGGUGGGGCCUUGUCGCUGUGCGUGUGUUGCUUGAGUCCGAGUCUACCAAAUGGGUUUAUCGGGGAUGUAGCUGAGACCUACAUUCCAUUCUUCGGGUUUGAUGAAUGAACAUCUAUAGGGCUCAACUUGCGUCGAGCCAUGUCCAGAGCAAUGUUCGUACAAACACAUGGAUGGGCUGAUGCGGCCGAGUGAUCUUUGUAUAGAGCUCCAAACAUUAGAACUGGAAUCGCAUUCCAGUUUCCUUGUUUGGCCGGAAGUCGUAAAGUAAUCGAUGUUGACAUGCG